CUUGCGCUCAGCGAUCCAUUUUUGCGAUUUAUGAAAUUCUUUUGUCAAUUCGAUGAAAACAGAUUAUUAGUACCAGAUUUAUUUUGCACUAAAUAUAGAAUUAGGUUUUGAAAGACAUAGACACUUUAAGUUUGUUUUAUUUUUAAAAUGAAGCUGGACUUCCUAGUGAGAAAUGUUAAAGUCAUCAUUGGACUUAGCGCUUGCCUUCACCAUGUGUUGUCAACCAUACUUUCGGGAACUUAUCAACAGUUCGCCCUCGCCGACGAGCCCAGGUACCGCACUGUGUGUCAGCCCGUCGUAUUUCCCCUGCAGCCUCAACUGAAGAUCCAGAACACCAUCCUCUGCUACAGCUUCUGCAUCCGGAAUUCGUCGUGCACCAUCUUCUCUGUUGCAGGCAACAUGUGCUCCUUGUGGUCUUUCCAAACUGACCCGAGUUACGGAGCGGUGACGAUGCUAAGGCCCACCGUUGUGGCGUAUUGGCCUAAACGCACGGCACCCGUUACGGUCAUCGACAUCGCUAUGGGCAAACCCGUGUCCGUGGGGUCGACAUCUGGUGGAUUUGGACCUGGAAUUAUGAUGACUGCAGGAACGACAUGCUACCAGACAUGGAAGGAUUGCUUCUGCAGCGGUGGCAGCGACAACUGGGCAGUGGUGGAUCUGCAGGCCGAAGUACCCAUCAGGAAAGUCGUCAUCACCGGACCAACUCUUGGCCUCGUCUCCUACUUCGAAAACGUCACUCUUCGGGCUGGCGUCACUGGCCAAACGACUGACCCAUUCAUCGGUCAAACUUUGAGCACUCCGGCUACCAUGAGCUACCCUACGUACACCUUUGCCAUUGCCGAUGGAAACGUUCGCUACCUUCGACUGCAGAACGAGGUUGCAUCAUUUGGCAUCUGCGCUUGCAAAGUGCAAGCCUUCCUGUGAACCAGCGCAACAACCUUUGUUCUCCGUGGUUCCUCUCUUUGCAUGCACCCGA